GAACCCGCAUUCAUUCAUUUGUGCAUCAAAGACACAUCUGCACUUAGAAAUAUGAGCUACGAAACUUCUCUACAAAGUAAAAGUCAUUUAGUGAGAAAGUUAGCUCUGUCAUCGGCAUACUCAUGUCGAAUAAACUAGUGGAAAUUCCUUCGGAAAAUUGGGAAGAAUUGCGCGACUUGUUUGCCCGGGAUUGGCCGGAGCACUUGUUUGCCUAUGGAGUGAUAAACAAUUAUUGGAACUGGAAGCAGCAAUCCGAAAGUCCAGAUACGAAUUCGGUAGUGAAACUUUUUUCACUAAAUGGAUCAUGGCGUGAGAACGGUACAUUUCUGUUGUUCGAUCAUUUCGAAAUUUACUUCUAUUCGUGUGAUGAAACUGAAAAUUAUGCUAAUUUAACGAAAGCCCUAUCUCUGGUCAGUUGGGAGAACUACCUUGAAGUUAGCAUGGACUUCGUUGAGAAACAUCGUCCUGCACUGGAUCGUGUCAUAUCUUCAAAGAAACUAACUACCGUGAACGAUAAAGUAACAAACUUUUAUCACAUGCCGAAAGAGAUCGCUAGCUCGAUGGAAGUAAAUCUGCCGAAUGGCUAUCACCUGAAUCGUCUCACCAUCAACCAUCUGGACUACAUUUACCACCUGUGGCCGCUGCGAGACAGCAUCAGCAAAACCUCAGGCUAUAAUCUACUGAAACGACUUAUCUUGCUAAACGAUAGCGUUGGGCUUUUCGAUGCAGCUGAUAAGCUAGUUUCAUGGUGUUUACGGGACCAAACGGGAGCCUUUUCGGAUUUGCAGACAUGUCAAGAAAAUCUGCGGCAGGGAUAUGCUCGUGUAGUAGUUAAGGAAUUCGUUCGACGAUUGGCAGCCGAUGGAGAUGACUCUUAUGCGUUCGUUCUUUGUACCAAUGUCAAUUCUUGUAAAUUGUUCGAAUCAAUCGGAUUUGUCAAAAUUGCACAUCUACAUUGGGUUGUAAUACGAAACAAGGAUUAGCAAAUGUCUAAAUCUAGGGUAUAUGUUCUAUUAUUUAACAUGCUUCUAUAUCAAUACUAUUCGCAAAACUGGCAAUUUAGGCUCACUGUUGAAAAAAAUCACAAAAAUGAGAAAUAAAACAAUUGGCGCACCAA